UCAAAAUGUCAAAAAACCAAAACAAAAAACAUGUUUGCAAAAUUGUAUUAAAUUUUAAACGUAAUAAUUCCAAAUUAAAUACUAAAAAAAACCAUGAAUACAACAGUCCAUAAAACUGCUUCUCAACCACCAUUAUCACAUUUCGACAAAUCCUUUACUGACAAUCCAUGGGAUUCACUCUAUUGUGCAUUAAAUGACAUCGAACCAAUAUUUGCCGAUGAAGAUUUCACAAAAGCACCACCAUAUCUCCAAGCACAAACUCUUGAUCCACGAAAUAAACUUGCAAUAAGUCAAUCUAUUUAUGAUCACACAAUCUAUUUGAAACCAGAAAUAUUUAGAUGUCCAAAUAGAUCUACAUUAAAUUACAAAGAACAUUCAUUGUGUUUGUCUUUUUUACAAUCACUUAAAGCCAAACAACAAGUCUUUCCCCAUCAAGUUGAAUGUUUUGAAAAAACAUUCCCCCGACGAAAGAAAGAACAAAAUGAUUUUAUGAAUUUUUUAGCUCAAUAUAAUACAGCUAGCUUUGAAAAGAUUUAUGCUCCAAAUUUGUUGUUUGCCGAGCUUUAUUCAAAAUUUUACCGCCAUGAAGUGGAACUUCUUAUGGCGAAGCAUAAAGAUGGUAUUUUUCAAAUUCACACAGGUUUUCCAAUACCACAGAAAUGUGGUAAUGUUGAUAAAUCAGGAACAAUCUCUGAUAUAGAAUUUCUUGAUGGUUGUCAUAGUUCUUUUUAUCGAUUAGAUCCAAAUUUGGAUCUUUCAAGAAUGAAGUCACGUAUUCAGACUUAUUUUGAUCUCUCUUUGGGUGAACCAAAAGAGAUCAAUGAGUCUGAACCCGACCAACAGGCUCAAUUUAACAUCUCCACGGAGGCUCUCGUAUUUCUGCUCAGCGCAGGAGAAUACAUUGACAAUCCCACCGAAGUCAUUGUCCAAGUUGUCCCUGGUGAGGAUGGAGAGAAUGUCAUUCACAUUAAUGACCUCCUCCCAUCUCGAAAUACCGGUCCCCAUACUGCAGAACUUGUGACCAGUAUGUGCACCGAUGUUUUUCUUAAAAUGAAGAACGAAGAAUGUGCAACAGAAAUCCAAGCGACUGACUUUAAAGGUCCUUAUCAGUUACAAACCCUUGAUGAAUUCAUGAGCACCCAAAGAGAACAUAGUUCAUCCUCUCAAUCAAGGAGUUUCGGUCAUGUCAAAUGGAACCUGAAUCUAGAAAACGAUACAAAACAAUUCCAAAUCAUCUCUAAGACCAAAUACGCUCCUAAGGACACCCAAAAGACAAGACAAACCUUACACAGUAUCAAAUUGGAAUACAAGACACAAUUUGGUUGUGAAAUAAUCAGCAAAGCGAAUCUCAUAAGAGAAUGGUUUCAUUUGCAGUUUUCCAAUUCACCUGAGUCGCCAUUCAGUCGACUACGUAUCAACGCCAGUACUUUUAAGACAGUCCUCCAAGAAAACCUUCAUCUCGAAGAAAUCGAACUGGAGUUAGAGAGACGUUAUAAAGUAAGAAUUCCCCGUCUAUUAGGAUCCCUUGGUGACUUCCUUGGACUUUUGAGCAACGUUGGCCCUGGGAGAUACCUUCUACGUUACAAUUCUCGUUUUCAAGACAAACUAAUGCUCUACUCUGAAGUCACUGCGUCCACUAGCAAAUCCAGUGUUAGUGUGCACAGUCUCCUACAGGAGACUUCAUCAGAUUUAGCCUUCAUGACACUACGCCAAUUAACUCCCAUCGAUGAUGUCCUUUGCACUGCGAUGCAUGACUUUUAUAAAAUCUUACCAUGUUCAUUUCCAGCCGGAUAUAGUACUUCGAAGACGACAAGACGAAUCAUUGACGAUCGAUCAUAUAUUCAGAAAAAGGCGAGGAUAAAACAAGAAAUUCAAGAGGCUAAAGAUAGAAUGGCAAAGAAAAGGAGAAAUUUUGUAAAAAAGACAAAGAGAGCUCAGAAACUGAAGCAAAAAUCAAAAGCCAAGCAGGAGGAUCAAAAGGAGACACAAGAACUAGAAGAUGAAAUUAAAAAUGAUCGAAUUUUAUUCGGGUUUGAGUAAAUUUUUGCGAUUUAUUUAUCCUAGGCUUAGCAAAAAUGUUUUAUAAAUAAAAUCCAUUAAAUGUAUUAUAACUGUAA